AAAAAUGAUGCUGCGUAAACGGUUCAUCUUUGGCUUGAUAAGCCUUCAUCUAAUGAUGCGUUGCAUUGGUGGUAACGAGUCAUGUAAGGCCUCGUUCAGUGGAACAUGGGCGUGUGCACCUUCUUGGAGCCAGUGGGGUGGCAAAUGCUACAAAGCCAUCAUGGAGCCUCUGACAUGGUCUGAGGCCAAGGAUGAGUGCAUCAAGAUGGGAGGUGUCUUCGUCGCGCCACAGUCUCAGGAGGAAUCUGAUUUCCUCAUGUCCCUGAUGUCACCACAGUCUAAGUUUUGGAUCAACUGUAAUGAUCUCGAGCUAGAAGGUACUUGGAAGUGUCAGGAUGGUACUGAUGAGGUGGAGUACAGGAAUUGGGACAAUUAUGCACCCUAUAACUACGGAGGUUAUGAGGACUGCGCUGCGGUAUGGUAUGGUGGGAAAUGGAAUGACUUGUAUUGUGAUCAGUCACGCCGUGCAAUAUGCAAAGCUCAGAUGUCCCUGCACGACAACUGCAUGCGCUUCAUGAGACCCAAGUAAACGCAAAGCAAACAAUGAUCUUAUGAAGGCCUCUUGCGGGAUUCGAACCCGCAACCUUAAAUCUAAAACUCUGU